AUUAUUAAUGAGCCCCACCCAGUCUGAGCUCAAAGAAGGUGGAAUGAAGAUGUUGUUAUUGUCUUCUUUUCUUCUAUUUCUCUCUUUCCUUUCUCUUGCCAGCUCUCAAGAUGGCGCUGCAGUUUGCUCUUAUUCCAAUUUCUUCAAGAGAAGUGAUUGCAGUCCAUCAGUCACUGGAGGGUUCUCAUUCUACACUAUACCAAACGACCUUCCGACUGAUGUUGAGAUAAUAAUAAUGACUGGUAAUGCAAUAUCAGUUCUGUAUCCUGGUAACCUCACAUACUACAAGAACCUGACCACCCUCCACUUGAAUGAUACCCUCAUCUCAAGUCUUCCAGUUGGACUAGCAAACGCAACUUCAUCUAUUCAAAACUUGUUUUUAGAUGGUACUCCACUUGCUGAAAUUGAAGACAAUGCUUUUGAACACUUGACUAACCUCAGGAUUCUGUCAAUGAAAAGAACAAAUCUGACUGCAAUAAGAUCUGACAUGUUCACUGGAUUAACUUCAAUUGAUGAAAUAUAUAUUGAUGAAUCAGCAAUAAACUCACUACCUGAUAGACUGUUUACUCGUAUACCUAACAUUGACUUAAUAUCAUUAACAUACAACCAGUUACAGACAAUCUCUAAUGAGGUUUUUAAUGAUGGGAGUCAUUCGGAUGGGAUAACCUCACCUUCACUGCAAAUAUUUCUAGCAGGAAAUCCUUUAUCAUGUGACUGCAAUCUUGUUCUAUUUCGAAACUCAUUUGUAGCAGGUGUAUUUCCAAAAGAUGAUGACAUAUUGAGAUGUCAAUGGCCAACAAAUAAUUUAACACGUGACUUGGCAGUAGGUGAUUUCCAAUGCUUUGCUCCAAGUGUGAUUCAAAGUCCAAGAAAUGAUUCUAUCCUAACAAACAGAUCCUACCAUUUAACAUGUACAGUAACUGGUGCCCCAUUCCCUGAAGUAACUUGGAUCAAAGAUGGAGUUGAGCUCAACUACACCAGCAGAGUCUACACCUCACUCUACAAUGCAUCACUCACCAUAACUAAUGUAGAACUAACUGAUGAUGGAGUCUAUCAGUGUGUUCUUGAUAAUGAGAGGGGAACUGAUAGCAGUUUAGAAGCUACACUAACAGUACAAGAGUCUACUUGUUUUGAUGGUAUAUUGAGCAAUCAUGAAACAGACACUGAUUGUGGUGGAUUAUACUGCACUCAAUGCAUGCAGUCUAAAAAUUGUAGAGUUGAUGGAGAUUGCAGUGAUAAUUUAGUGUGUCUUUAUGCUCAUUCCCUCCCAUCUCUCCUACACUAUAUCAGCCCUAACCAUCAAAUGGCUUAUACUUGUGAAUUACCACAAGUUCCCAGGGAUUUAUUAAACAAUAGAAUACAGAAUACAAUGACCAGCAAUGUAUUCAACUCCAAUUUUACUGUUGAUACUAACAUUGCUACAGUAGAGGACACAAUGAGAAUGAUACUAGCUCAACAAUUGCAGAUACCAGUAGCUGCUAUUAUUAGUGUAAGAGUUACUACUGUUGAAAGGACUUCAGCAGAUUCUAUUCCUUUGGUACAGAUUUGGUUCAAUCUUUCCAAGGACACUGAUGGGGUCAAAGGUCGUGACAAUCUCCAGAAACAAGUGAACAAUGGGCACAUAAAAGGAACAGUCAAACUAACUGAGAGUGGAUCUUAUUUUAGUGCAAGAAUAAACGUUUAAACAGUUACUUUGUACAAGUACUUAUAAAAAUUAACAAAAAAUACUUUAAUUGUUCUAACAAGGAAGAUAACUGAUGAUAAAUAAUAA